AUGGAUGCUUCCAUGAGUGCUCCAAUGGGCCACCCAAUGCCUUACCAACAGAGGCAUCACAUGCAACGGCAUCCUCUUCCUGCUGAACAGUACAACAACAACGCUAGCUUCACCGAGGGAGACAGCCAGAUGAUGGAAAGGGAUGAAAAUGACGAGGGUGAUUCCGUCCCCAAUAUGCCUGGACCCGCGAAGCCUGCGUCAACCCGAUCGAGUGCCAACAAUGAGAUGGAAAUGAGACAACUAUUUGGUAUCAACAGGCAUCGCAGCCUUCAAGACGUAGCUGGCGAGCUCCAUGGUAACGAGCGAGGGCCUAACUCGGAGCGAACCAGACAAGUAUUCGCCAUGCUUUGGAUCAAUUCUGUUUGUACUAAGGGUAAAGGCUCUGUUCCUCGAGGGCGAGUUUAUGCGAACUACGCGUCGAGAUGUGCCAGCGAGAGGAUAACUGUACUCAACCCUGCCAGCUUUGGUAAGCUUGUUCGGGUUUUGUUUCCCGGCCUCAAGACACGUCGGCUCGGUGUUCGAGGAGAAUCUAAAUACCACUAUGUCAACUUCCACCUGGAUGAUGAUGCGCCUGAGGCUCAGGAACAAUCAGUACAACCGACACGGUCUAUGUCUGAGGCUACGUGUUUCACUCAAAGCUUCAAUACCCUUCCUUCUCAGCCGAGUGUCAACUUGAGCCAAGGCGCCCUGCCUUCCCCUCACAUCGGCAGUGAAGCCAAACCCUCUACAGGAUCGCGCCAGUCUGGUUUUGAAUCACACAGCUUAUACAACCAGCCUGAAGUCCCUAGUAUCGAUCACCUCAACUCUACAACAACGAAAACUCAGAUCGAGUUCGCCUUUUCCUCCGAACACGAAGAGCCUAUCGACCUCUCUGACCCUCUUCCUCUUCCUUCUAUCGAACUGUUCCUUCCUGAGGGGACCGACCCAGAUGCUGCCAAGUCUUUGUCAGCCUUGUACCGAUCCCACUGCACAUCAUUAGUCGAGUGUAUCAGGUUCUGUAAGGGGAAGACAUUCUUUCAUCUGUACACCUCCUUCCAGGGAACAUUGACAAUGCCUGUGCAGAAGCUGUUUAGUAACCAGGCUUUGGCCCCCUGGAUCGAGGAAUGUGAUUUUGUGCUUUACCAGCGCAUGAUGAGGAUUGUAUCUGGCCUCGUCCUCCAAGUUGUGCCAAAAGCUGUACUAUCAACUCUGAAGGAGAUCUCACAAAGAUUGGUUCUUCACAUUCGCGAGUCUUUUCAAGGCCAACCCCCACACGUGUUACGUGCCAAGGAAGGACCCGCGACACUUUUUGCUGGUCUUCUGGAUCGGGCGCUGAGAGUUAAUUUGACUGCUCACGCUGCGGCUAACAUGCUGUCUAACACCGCGAAUCGUGAUCAGAUGUACCUUGAUUGGAUCACCACGAUCAAAACCCGCAAGCUUGCCGAGUGUAUACCAACUCGAGGUAUGGACGAUGUGGUGAAUCUAGUGCUCCAAGAUAUCCGAAAUCUUCUUGAUCCUGGCAAAGUGCCGUGGGAGGUGGAAUGCGUUACCCUUUACGGGGAUGUUGUAUCUCGCAGCGGUCGAUCCUUGGAGGAGGAUGGAAACACAAGCGAGUCUGGAGCGAACGUGCUGGAUCGCUGGGUUGCAUUCCUUCGAAGUCUUCCCGGAAAGUUUCCGUAUGCUUCACCUACCCAGAUCAUGUGGUGUGUUGAGCGUAUUGGAACAGUAGUAAUGCGAGAUAUCACCGUUUCAGGAGGUGACAGCUUCGGUGCGUGGUGGGUGACAAAGACGUGGGUAGAUGAAAUGAUUUGCUUAAUGGCACAGCAAGGAGGAUUCAUGAAGCAGAAGAGUAGCCGCACAAGCGGCACAACUACAUCAUCCCCCCCUCAGGCAGCCAAAGAAAAGAGCCGACAAAACUCCCGAUACAGCAGUGGCAGCGAUGAACUCAACAUGAACAACACAUCUCAAAACCAAGGCGAACGUGCGCCUUUUCCGCCAGUUGGCAAAGUCAACCAAAACUCAAUGGGCAUGAGUGGUGGUGACAUACACGACGACAGCGGAAUCGGGAUUAGAACACCAGAGGACGAGUUUCCUAUGGAAAGGUUCGGCUUCCCUGGUGCAGAAAACCAGGACCAUGGACUGUUGACGGGGACAGACUUUGCUCCUGAAGGACUGUGA